AUGAUCCCCGACUUUGGUAGCCUACCACCAUGCGCCGCCGACUGCGGCGCCCUCUACGGCGCCAACAACCGCUGCGUCCCGCCCGCCGUGCCCGCGUCCGACAUGACGACCUACACGGACUGCUUCUGCGCCGACUCCGAGGUGUCCGCCCUGGCGACGAGCCAGACCGUCUGCUCCGACGUGUGUUCCGACGUGCAGUCAAUGGACGUGAUCCAGAAGUGGUUCAAGAACAAGUGCAACAUUGCCGACUCGAGUGAUUCCACCGGCAGCUCGGGGGGCGACACGAGCACGGGGGGCGAUACAAGCACCGGGGACGGCACGGGCAACAGCGAUAGCAACAGCGAUAGCAACAGCGGAGGCACUGGAACAACGGGAAAUGGCCAAGGCGACACGCAGGGCGGAAAUGGAGGCGCAGAGUCACGGCCAACGACGACCGGCACGGUGGACUACUCGAACAACGGUGGUGACUGGGUCUCCAACCACUGGCAGUGGAUCGUCAUGCUCGUCGUUCUCGUCGUCGCCAUUGUCGGCAUCUGGGUCGGCGCCUGCAUCUGGCGCCGUCGCUACCUCAAGAAGCAGGAGCGCCAACGGACAUGGAAUCAGAAGCAGUCCGGCUCCCAGUCCCGACCGUCAUGGGGACCAGGCGACCCACGCGCCGCCGAGGCGGGCAAGGUACUCGCCCGACCAACGAUGGGCAGCGCACAACCGAGCGAUUCCUCGGACCCAGCGGGUGUGUUUAUGCCGGGGGCCGAAGUCCAGCCUGCGGAGAAGCCCUCCAAGACGAAGUUCUGGAGAAGGUGA